AUGUCCUCAUACGCAGGAAUCGUUCACCGCCCUGCAGACCAACAGGGGUUGGUCCACCUCCCACUAGAGCAGGUUAUAGUCGAGGCGUGGAUAGUUGAUGUGUCUGCUAGGGUGCAACUUUCACAAUUAUUCGUCAACCCUUCAGACGCGCCUACUGGAAGAGCGAAAUAUGUCUUCCCCAUCCCAGCACGCGCAGCAGUAUGUGCAUUCGAAUUGAAACAUGCAGAUGGAAAGAUUAUCCGUGGGACAGCGAAAGAAAAGUCGGAGGCGAAUCAGACUUUCAAUAGCGCUAUACAGGCUGGCAACAUGGCCGGCCUUGUCGAAUGGGUUACGGACGAUAUUUUCACCAUUUCUGUCGGGUCAAUUCCGGCCAAGGAAACUGUUACCUCAAAACUGACAUUUGUAAUGGACCUCAUGGAUGAUGGUAUACGAGAUCACGUACGGCUCCAGCUCCCCGUCUCCAUUGGCAUGCGUUAUGGUGAGGUCCCUGCCGCCAUGGUCAACGCCCAGGCGGCGGCGGAGCAGACACGUAUACAUAUCAGCGUCGAUGUGCAAAUGAGCGAAGAGAUAUAUGAUAUUCGCAGUCCUUCACAUGAGAUCAAAGUCCUGCGCUACAAGACCCGCAUUGGAAAGAAGUCUAUGCGACGCAAGUCGGCAUUGUGGAGCUCCCCCACGUUCAUGGAACGCGACUUUGUGUUGACAGUACAUUCUCAUGGGCUCGAUAAUGCUCGCUGUUUUGCUGAAAUAGAUCCUAUGGGGUCCAACUCUGUAGCAAUGCAAUUAACGUUGGUUCCGAGAUUCAAGAUGCCUCGAGUUAGCUCUCAGGAAUAUAUAUUCGUUGUCGACCGAAGCGGAAGUAUGGGAGGUGGACGCAUCGAAACAGCAAAGAGCACACUUUCCAUGUUGUUACGUUUAUUGCCGAACGAUAACACGUUAUUCAAUAUUUUCAGCUUUGGGAGUACCGUUGACGGUCUUUGGCAGAACAGCGUGUUGUACAACCAAAAUGCAUUAUCACAAGCUGUACGUAUUUGGUACAACCCUCUCGACCUGUCUGGCCUGACGUUUUUAAAGACCUCGCAUAUUCGCAGCAUGGAUGCUAACUAUGGAGGCACCGAGAUCGCAAAUGCACUAACGGGUGCCUUGACGUCACGCAGGCGCGAUAGGUCAACAGUCGCUUUUAUCUUGACAGACGGCGAGUCAUCGGAUCUCCACAAAACCUUCUCCGUGGUCAGAAACGCCCUCUCUGCCGCCAAUCCAAAUUGUCCGCUACGCGUUUUCACGCUCGGCAUAGGAGAACAAGUGUCGACGGCAAUGUGCGAGGGCAUAGCUCGUGCUGGAAAUGGAGAGUGCCUGCUUGCUGUAACAACAGAAAGCAUCACUGCAAAAUGUGCACAGCUCCUCAGAGCGGGGCGGACACGCCUUAUCGAACACAUAUCGGUCCACUGGCAUGGUUCUGGGACACCCCCUAGUGUCAGCUUCUCUGAACCGAGGACUGGUAUAUCUAGCGCUAGUACCAGUAUGGUACAACUCGUGCCUCCCCCGACGAUCCAGCAAGCUCCAUACCAAAUUACGAAAAUAUAUCCUGGGAUGCGCUUCAUUGUGUUUGCUAUUACAACAUAUAGUACAGUUCCUGCAGAGGUCAAAUUGUGUGCCAAAAUUGAAGGCGAGUUUGACGAAGUAGAUCUGAUUGUCCCAGUAAUCGAGGUCAAGCGAUUCAAGCAUGCAAAAACCAAUGUGCCUCUCAUCCACACCCUCGCAGCCCGACGUCUCAUCACUGAUCUGGAGGAUGAUAGAGCUCCCCUGCCUGCAGUAGUCGGUAUUGCUCCGAGUGGCGACGUAAUCAAGAAGGCCGCUAUCGUGCGCCUGGGCUUGAGAUAUCAGCUUUUGAGCCAAUACACAUCUUUCGUCGCUGUAGAGACGGGGAAAGAGGCUGAAAGGGGGAGGAGGCGUCGAGAUUCGUCUGCCACGUCUUCUCGGCGAACACAACAACAAGAUUCGUCGCAGAAUGGGUAUGGCAUAUUCGACAGUGUAAUACAAGGGUUAUCCCAAGUGGUCUCCUCCGUAUUCGACUUCCCCCAGCCCCCCAUGACAUAUCAAACAAUGAAAGACGACAUUUCAGGUAUUCCAGGUUCAUUUGUCCCCGCUGCUGCCUCUUCGUCUAGUGUAGAUGAGCCUCGCAGGCGGCACAGCCGUGAAGAGUCUGAUUACGACAGCAUAUAUACGUUCUCGACGCUCAGUUCGCUAGAAGGUUCUUCUAGUUCACGCUGGACGCGAUCCCGCACACCAAGCCCUCCUCCACCACUUGAGAACUUGCCUGAUCGCAGCCCUUCACCCGCGUUUGACAUCAGUGGGACUGUACCUCUCAUUUCUACAGCACCUCCGCCGAUUCCCUCCACCGUAUACGAACUUUUCCAGCUGCAGAACUUUGAUGGAUCAUUCACACUUUCAAACAACUUUGCGACUAUAGUCGGGCACGAUGCAGCACGCAAAGGUGCGGAGCUAAAUGUGGAAGAGACACUUUGGGCGACGGCGCUUGCUGUAGCAUUUUUGGAGACGCAACUCGGAAGUGAACCUGAUUUACUCGAGUGUUUGCAAAGCAAGGCAAUGGACUAUGCCAAAAGACGACAACUUCAUCGAAAUUUCGAGGAUGUGGUCAAGAUUGCGAGACGAAUGAUAACUUCCCACUUGGAGCGCUGUACGGCUCAGUAUAUCGAUAUCAAGGACUCGUCACCGAAUGGACGUACGCAGGACUCGGACCAACUAUGCGGAGUCACGGCUUUGCCAGCUAUCUCUCAGCCCAUACCGAACAUGCCAACUGCAACCACUCCACUUCCCUUGAGCACCUUGGUCCCGGCGAUCAACGCUAAUGCUAUCGGUUUGUACGGGCUGACUACCACGCAGGCGAGUCGCAAAUUUCGAGUUGUCAGUUGUACUGCUUUUUGUGCUGAAUACGGCACAUGCUGUUGUCGGAUUUCUUUGAUUAUAUCCCUUGCUAAACAGAUAGUGGCACUCCUAGAGCCUAGCAUACUUUUGCGUAAUGUGUGGUCACUUAACGUCAUGGUAGCUACUAUUGUCAUGUCGCAGUCCCUGUUGUGCUUUUUUUUUAAUGCCUGUGUGCGCAUGUUCUUGAUAUCAAAUGGUGAAGAUGAGAUAGGAUUUGUUCAUAGCACAACUUUUCCUGCGCUAGUAUUUCAAACCGUUUCAGAUGCAUUGAUUGCGGCCUCCAUGACACGUGAUCUCAUCAAGGCUUUGAUGCUUUACGCUGUAGGCAGAGGUCUGGUAACAUCACUGACUACUUUUGCCAUGGUCCUAGCAAUUGCUAUCAGUCCUGAUAAUUUGUGGAUGGGUCAGGCUGCUAUUUACCCAGGAAACAAACAUAGGAACGUCGAAUUUAUUUCACUCGAUGCAAAAGAGGUUACAGUCAAAAAUAAUGAACAGGUCAAACCAAAUCAGUGA